AGGAUAUUUUACCCCAAUGCGAACAAAGAUAUCAUCAAAGCAUAUGCAGCUCAAUUUGCUAAAGACAUGGAGGUUUUUCUCCGUGCUAGAGCGUAAGAAGUUGUUCUAGGAGGACUAAUGGUGCUUACCUUUAUCACCCGUCUUGACGGAGCUCCUUAUUCUCAAGUUUCUGCCAACAGGUCUUUAUAUUUGUUGGAAUCUUGCCUCGUGGACAUGGUCAAGAAGGGUACUAUAAGUGAAGAGAGAAUGGACGAGUUUAACCUGCCGAUGUAUUAUGCGUCCCCUCGAGAAAUGAAAGAAGCAGUAGAAAGGAAUGGGCGUUUCAGCAUCAAGAAAAUGGUGGAGCUAGUUGAAGGAUUAGUGGAAGCCUAUCCACUAACGGGGAAAAUGAUAGCUUCUCAAAUGAGAGCGGCUCUGGUGGGACUCUUGAAGGAGAAAAUGCAAUUUGGGAAAGAGAUGUUAGAUGAGCUCUUUGACUCGUUUGGCUGGAAGCACGAUGAGUCGUCUAUCUUUGAGCUCGUGAGAGAAAGCAGCAUCACGUUUGUUCUUCUCGAACGGAGCACUACCAACUAAGGGAAAGCAGGUCUGAUGAGUCCCAUAA